AAACAAAUAAUAGAAGUCUGUUCAAGCUUUGUCCUGACCUAUUCUGGAAGUAGAAGAAUACCCUGGAGAAAGGAGCAUUGUCAGUACAAAGAAUAAGACUCCUCAAUCCUGGGAGAGAGAAUUAAACUCUAACCCUCCAAAUGGCUACUCUAAUGUGAUGCUGGGAUUGGAUUUACCUAGGAUAGCAUAUCAAGGUUGACCUAGAAGUCUUGUAGAAGAUCUGGACAAAAUAGGUAUUAGGUCAUGAUGCAGGAAUCUGCGACAGAGACAAUAAGCAACAGUUCAAUGAAUCAAAAUGGAAUGAGCACUCUAAGCAGCCAAUUAGAUGCUGGCAGCAGAGAUGGAAGAUCAAGUGGUGACACCAGCUCUGAAGUAAGCACAGUAGAACUGCUGCAUCUGCAACAACAGCAGGCUCUCCAAGCAGCAAGACAACUUCUCUUACAACAGCAAACAAGUGGAUUAAAAUCUCCUAAGAGCAGUGAUAAACAGAGACCACUGCAGGUACCCGUGUCGGUGGCCAUGAUGACUCCCCAGGUAAUUACCCCCCAGCAAAUGCAGCAGAUCCUUCAGCAGCAAGUCCUGUCUCCUCAGCAGCUCCAAGCCCUUCUCCAGCAGCAGCAGGCGGUCAUGCUGCAGCAGCAACAACUACAAGAGUUUUACAAGAAACAGCAAGAGCAGUUACAUCUUCAGCUUUUGCAGCAGCAGCAACAGCAGCAGCAGCAGCAGCAACAGCAGCAGCAGCAACAGCAACAACAACAGCAGCAGCAACAGCAGCAGCAGCAACAGCAGCAGCAGCAGCAGCAGCAACAACAUCCCGGAAAGCAAGUGAAAGAGUCCCGGCAGCAGCAGCAGCAGCAGCAACAGCAGCAGCAGCAGCAGCAGUUGGCAGCCCAGCAGCUUGUCUUCCAGCAGCAGCUUCUCCAGAUGCAACAGCUCCAGCAGCAGCAACAUCUGCUCAGCCUUCAGCGUCAGGGACUCAUCUCCAUCCCACCUGGCCAGGCGGCGCUUCCCGUCCAAUCGCUGCCUCAAGCUGGCUUGAGUCCUGCUGAGAUUCAGCAGUUGUGGAAAGAAGUGACUGGAGUUCACAGCAUGGAAGACAAUGGCAUCAAACACGGAGGGCUCGACCUCACUACUAACAACUCCUCCUUGACUACCUCCCCCACCACUUCCAAAGCCUCACCACCAAUAACCCAUCACUCCAUGGUGAAUGGACAGUCUUCAGUCCUAAACACAAGGCGGGACAGCUCAUCACAUGAGGAGACUGGAGCCUCUCACACUCUCUAUGGCCAUGGAGUUUGCAAAUGGCCCGGCUGUGAAAGCAUUUGUGAAGAUUUUGGACAGUUUUUAAAGCACCUUAACAAUGAGCAUGCGUUGGAUGACCGGAGCACUGCCCAGUGCCGAGUGCAAAUGCAGGUGGUCCAACAGUUAGAAAUACAGCUUUCUAAAGAACGAGAACGUCUUCAAGCGAUGAUGACCCACUUGCACAUGCGACCCUCAGAACCCAAACCAUCUCCCAAACCUCUAAAUCUGGUGUCUAGUGUCACCAUGUCGAAGAACAUGUUGGAGACAUCCCCACAGAGCUUACCUCAAACCCCUACCACACCAACGGCCCCAGUCACCCCGAUUACCCAGGGACCCUCAGUAAUCACCCCAGCCAGUGUGCCCAAUGUGGGAGCCAUACGAAGGCGACAUUCAGACAAAUACAACAUUCCCAUGUCAUCAGAGAUCGCCCCAAACUACGAAUUUUAUAAAAAUGCAGAUGUCAGACCUCCAUUUACGUAUGCCACCCUCAUCAGGCAGGCUAUCAUGGAGUCAUCUGACAGGCAGUUAACACUGAAUGAAAUUUACAGCUGGUUUACGCGGACCUUUGCGUACUUCCGACGGAAUGCAGCAACUUGGAAGAAUGCAGUACGUCAUAAUCUUAGCCUGCACAAAUGUUUUGUUCGAGUAGAAAAUGUUAAAGGAGCAGUAUGGACUGUGGAUGAAGUAGAGUACCAGAAGCGAAGGUCACAAAAGAUAACAGGAAGCCCAACCUUAGUAAAAAAUAUACCUACCAGUUUAGGCUAUGGAGCAGCUCUUAAUGCCAGUUUGCAGGCUGCGUUGGCAGAGAGCAGUUUGCCUUUGCUCAGUAACCCCGGCCUGAUCAAUAACGCCUCCAGCGGCCUCCUCCAGGCUGUCCACGAGGAUCUCAACGGCUCCCUGGACCACAUGGACAGCAACGGGAACAGCAGUCCGGGCUGCUCGCCUCAGCCACACAUACAUUCAAUCCAUGUCAAGGAAGAGCCAGUGAUGGCCGAGGAUGAAGACUGCCCAGUGUCUUUAGUGACAACAGCGAAUCACAGUCCAGAGUUAGAAGAUGACAGAGAGAUUGAAGAAGAGCCUUUAUCUGAAGAUCUGGAAUGAGAACUGACUUGUGAAACCUCAGUGUGAAGGGACAUAUCACUGACCUUCAUAACCACUCUACAACCAUGAAUAUUUGACAAAUUUUUACUGUGACUAUUUAUUAAGCAUGGAUAAAGGAGACUGCCCUAAAGGAACUUACUAAGCCAGCCCUUUGGGAUUCAGUACCAACAGGCAAAUCGCUUGUUUUCUUUUCUUUCUCUCUUUCUCUCUCUGUUUUUUUAGAAAAAGAAAAAGACAAAAACUGAUUUU